GAGGAUCCGCACGUUUUGGACAUGUCCAAUCGAGGCCUCAAAAAACUCGAAAAAAGGGAUGGCGUCGGUAUCGAAAAAUUGUUUCUGGACCACAACGAACUUUCCAAGUUGGAUAACAUUGACUGCUUCCUUGACGUCCAAAAACUCUCUGCCAGCCACAACCAGAUCACACGGAUGUACUCGCUGGCCAGGUUAUCGCAGCUCUCAAGCAUUGAUCUUUCUAACAAUCUCAUUAUCUGCAUUGAAGCACUCAAGGAUCUUAAGUACCUGGUCUCGGUAAACCUCUCGAACAACAGGAUAAAGAGUCUUCAAAGCAUCCAGUACUCUACUACCCUUGUGUACCUGGACCUGUCCGGAAACUUGAUACCUUCACUGAUCGACCUCACAUCAUUGACUCGGUUAAAAACGCUCCUUUUGAAGAGAAAUGAGAUUACGACGCUACAAAAGGCACAAGCGUACCUUCCAAGUGGACUCUGUGUCUUCUCAGUUGCUGAGAAUAAAAUUACUGACCUCACAGAGGUGUCCUUCCUUUCGCACCUCUCAUCUUUGGAGAGCUUCUCUAUCGGUGGAAACCCCUGCGUCAACAUGACAGGAGGCAUUGUUGGUUUUGACUACAGACCCUACGUCAUCAACUGGUGCCUCGGUCUCAGAGUCCUGGACGACUUUGUUGUCACACAGAGGGAAAGCCUAAAGGCCGAGUGGUUGUACAGCCAGGGCAAAGGGCGCUGUUUCCAUCUGGGCGACCACCUGGCGCUUGUUGAGUACCUGUCACAAGUCUGCCCACUUACUGGUGCUGACCAGAUGGAAUCUGAGGACGAGGAGCGCAUCUCCCGCAUCCUUCGGAUGCAACGCCAGCACCGAGAGCAACUGCUGCACGAGAUGUCACCCGCGGCUGCAGCUGCUGCCGCUGCCGCCGCCGCUGCCGCCGCCGCUAGCAGGCCCAGUGCAAGACAACUCCAGGAACCACACCAUCACCAGCACACACCGUCUGGAAACCGCAGGCCCAAGAGCGCCGUCGGAAGACUGCCAUCAUCACGACAGGCUUGCCUCGCCAAGGACAAAUGGUCUGACUUCUCUACGAGCGAGGACGAGAGGGGCGGCGGCUCGGUGUUCGACCCGUUCCCCGACCUGCUGGCGCACUCGGACGAGGGGCCAUCGAGGUCGCAGACUCAGUGCCAGCUGGGCGACGCCUCCGAGAUGCUGGGCGCCGAGCUGACCAGGUCUGCGAUGGACCCCCAUAGCCCCGUCACCAUCGAGAGAGUCUCCUCCGAUGCCAACUGAGAGGAGCAGGUGCGUACUUUGCGUUCCCGCAAGGAUGACAUCAUGACGCGAUCCGUUCCGGAAUUUCGGUCAGACGGAUCACCGAUUUUACACAACUACGGGAAGUCUUCUUACGGCAGGACAUCUCCGCGGGCCAUCCCCGUUCGCAAGGUGUCUUCCAAGAGGACGGAGCCUCCCUCGUUCGCUGGCGGUGGCGGAGCAAGCGGCAUAUCGUCGACGCGCAGCUUCGAAGGGUGCGCCGGGGGCGGCGGCAGCACCACCCCGACGGCGGCGACAAGCCGGUUGCACCAGCGCAGCCCCUCCGACGGGGGCCUGAGCCGGAGCGCCAGCUUCCGCACGCCCGCGGGCCGCUCACCCUACGCCACGGUCGCCACCGCGUCGCCGCGAAAGACCCAGCGAUCCUCGUCCGUCUCGGCCGCCUGCCCACUGGCCUCCUCCUCCUACUCUUCUACGGUCUCGCCGCACAAGGCUCCGACCAGGACGGCUUCGAAGUACUGCAACGGGCCAGCCUACAUUCCACCCACUCAGGGCAACCUGAAUGUCGCCGCCAACAACCACAAUAACAACAAUAACAACAACAACAACAACAACAACAUAAAUGUGCUGUCCCUGGUGGAGAGCGACCCCCUGCUGAAGCAGCGUAGCCAGGCUGUGGGCCUCGAGGUGCUGGACCGGGCAGCUGUGCGCAUCCAGGCGCUUUGGCGAGGCUACCGCACUCGCAACCACAUGAGCCGCGUGCGGCGUGCCUGUCAGGAGGUGCGGCUGCGCCGGCUCGAGGAAUGCGUGCUGGAUGUCCAGUCCAAAAUGGCGGCCACUGAAAAAGCACUGCUCAGGCAGCAGAAAGAAAUGGAAGAAGAGAGAAAAUGCAGGAAUGCAAACAAGGAGGCUCUGGACAGGCUGCUGAAGCAUAUGGACCAACUGGAAACGCACAUUGCCAAAGUGUAUCAGCAGCACUUGCUGCUCCAACAGCAGCUGGCGCAGCAUUUUGACAGUGUCUUCAAGCCCAUCCACAGCGAGCCACAAUCAGAGUCAUCAUCAUCUGAGGCAACUGUCGGGAACAGCGCAUCCACAGCUUCAUCUGCUACAAGUCAUUCACCCGCCAAAGACGCCGCACCAAAGCACCUCGAGAAAGAUGCUGGAAAGCAAAGUGGCCAGGGAGACGUUUCCGGGUGUGCGGAAGAGCCGACGCCAGUGCGGAAGCCGGAGUCUAGCCACCAUUCGAGCCAUGAGCAAGUGUCGGGCGACACAACGAGCGCAGAUGACACAUCUUGUGCAAGCUUCUCAGAUGCUGAAGUGCACUCAAGCAAGACGGAACCAGCAUCAGACACUAAACGACAAACGCCAGCAAACCUGGAGGCUGCCUGCCUGACGGAAGUUAAUGACAGGCUGGCGAGGCUGGAAGCCGUCAUAAUGAAGCUGGCCAUCCCAGACAGCAGGAUGGAGAACUUGGGAGCCGCAUUUGCCAAGCCGUGAAGAAGGCAGCACAGAUUGACUUUCUCUUCUGUGGUUUCUUCGCUGCACGCAACUGCACUAUUCUACGACACCUGCACUGCUGCGCUUUCUUUUACCGCUCCAGUUCCGAGAUUUUUGCAUUGGAAAGCCGCAGAAGGAAAAAAAAAAAAAAAAAGGAAAGGUCUCUUAUGUUUUCUACUCAAGCCAUUGCAUCAAAUAUUUAUUUUCACUGUAAUUAUUGUAUACAAAGAAUUUUACCUCACUGUAUCAUACAAGGCUUUGUAACUUGGUGCUUCAGCGUUUUUUCGUACAAUCGUUCAUUACACGAGGAAAGUUGGCAUAAUUGGCAGUGCUCGACAACGUGCCCUUGAGGCUUUCGCGAUUGUUGCGUCUGUGCUACCAUGCAACGGUGAAAGAGAAACGGAUUUGGACUCUCCCCUUUAGAUGCUGUUCAGUUUGAAACAGUCGAACCUUGUUACAGUGACGUCACCACCGACACGAAAGUAGCGUCGUUGUAUCCGAUACUCGUUAUAACCAUGUGUUCAUUACAGGCCAAUAUCAGAGAGAAACAUCUUACUUCAUUAUGUUCAAAAAUGUAUUAUGUACCGACUCACCCUAACAUAGUUUCCUAUGCAUGAUAUCCAUAUUAUUUACGUUGAGGUUCGGCUACACUAUAUUCGUUUUGUAAGAAAAAGGUUGCAUUUGUUUGACCAAUUUAUGAUGACAUGGAGCAGAAACAAUCUGACAUUUUGUGAGCUGCAGGCACUCUGCGAUUGACAAGUGGAGCUAGCAUUUGCACUGCCAAACCGACUAACCAAGUGUGCAUUUCAGCAUUCCAAGUUUUGCCAAGUUCACUGCAUAACCAUCCGGUAGCAUUUGUCGCAAGCUUUUCAAUUCACGAGAUGUUUGCUGGGGAGAUGCUAUUUUAAAGCCACUUUAUUUUUAGUUCUGUUGAAGCAAUGCUAAUUUCUAAUUUUAUCUGCUGUCUUCUGUAGUUUGUUUUUUCUUGCUCAAAUUUAUGUGUUCUUGUAGUAGUAGUUGUACUGUCUGUGUUGUCAAUGGCAGCAGGCAAGUGGUUUUAAGUGAAUCUUUUGGUUGUUUUUAAUGUUCUUACUCGUCGUCAAGUUGUCAUCAGUCCAGAAGUUAUCAGAUUAUUUUGAUAUAUUAAGCUAGUUAUUGAAAAGCUGGCACUUAAUUUUACCCAUAAGAGAAAAACUGUCCUUGGAUUACAGUGCGAGACAUCAUCUGGUUUUAGUACAUGCAAGUCAUGACUGUCGUAAUGCGGUUCCGGCUGCAAAGCAGUUACAGUGGAGCCCCAAUUAUACAUCCAGGCAUUUAGUGCAGCCUCCUGCAUUUUUGCAGAGAUUUGGCGCCGGCUUGACGAUCUAUCCAAAUGGUAGUCAGCACUGAAAUUUGCAGCGGCGUUAUAGCAUGUGGUCUAAUAUAUGAAGAAAUCUGUUUCGAGCGCCAAGCGUUACGGUUUCAAAAUGGCACUUAUCUGCCACUUGUCUCAGGGCAUCAGUGGUCAGGUCCUAGCUAAGGUCGCAUUUUAUUACCGUCAUGACAACUAUACACAGGUGGAACUCCAAAGAUUGCUGCAUUUGAGUGCUACUGAAGACUUUGCAAGUCUGCAUACAUCAAGGAAUGUGGCAUUUAAAUUAUUUAAAUGACCAAAACGGACCAUUUUUGCCAUACUUGCAGCACUACAAAGUCUUGUUAUAUUCUUAUAUAAUCAAAUGCUUUCUCUGCUACCGUAAUGUUAGUGACUAAAAGGAAAAUGUUUAUUUGGUAAGCUGCUUCCAAGUGCAGCAAUUCUACAGCUUGCAAGUUCAUUACGUAGUUUAACAUUUGUUCAUUGCAAGGCCAUGGACCAGACCUUUUUGUUUUCAUCUUCAAUCAGUACUUCAUUAUUUUAGCUAUUUACCCGCUACCCACGCCCUAAGCUUGAUUAUUGAUUUUGCAAGUUCUUGAAGACGGGUAUAAUUCGGGUUCCAUUGUUACGCUUGUGUCCACAGCUCUUACCAGGAACCAAUGCUUGUACCUUAGCAAUUCCUAGACGAGGCAAAAUAUUUCCUCGAACAAAGGAAAACUGUGAUUUGGGUUGCUCGUUAAUGUGCUCUGAUCUCUUUUGUAUUCCAUUAGAGCCCAAGUCUCCUUGCGCUACAAAAAGCCGCGCAUUUAUUGGCUACUGAAAGCACCAAACUGCUACUUUACAGCAUGCUAAUCAUUUUGUAAUAACAUUUGGAGAUGGUGGAUGCUCGAUGACAUUGUAUCCAGAAGUACUGAGGCCAGUGGGCAUGUUGUACCAAUUCUGGUACAGAAGACUUGUGCACAACAUGAAUACAGAACGGGCUCAAAGAUAUUUGGCAUACAGCACCAGCUGUUUGUGCAUACAAUACAUUUGCACUGCAGGAGCAGCUGCCUGAACAUUCUUCACCCAAAGCUGCUUGUGUCUGUCUGCUUACAGUGUUUAUGUAUCAAAAUGCAGUGUGUGUGAAAUUAUAUACAGAUGUGCGUAUAGUUGCUUGAAGUAUCUGCAACAUGCUGCAAACACUUUAGAUACAUAUACUGCAAGGGCAUGUUGUGCAUGCUUGAAGCUGUCCCACUCAAACAUACUGCAUCUGGCCUGCACUGUUGCAAAGACAUGCACAACGUAAAAUUACUUAGACACAGGACGGAUUCAACAUACUUUGAAACCGGCUCAACCCAUCUUGAAUUUCUAUCAGCAGAAAGCUGAAAAAAAUUUUAAAGCUGCGCAGGAACAAGACGAACUCGGUCUUUGCCCGACUGUAAGCUAAAUGUGCAGAAUGACUUUAGCAUACAAGAUGGCUGUUACAAUGAGAGGAGUACUUGUUACUUUUUGUUUGAAAGCAUUUAAUGCGCAAGCAAUUCAAUAAUGUUGGCGAGUGUCUAGGGUGCAGUGUUAAUGAGAAGUCUAAUUCCCGUGUCUGAACUUUGUCCCUUCCAGUUAUGACAUGACAAACAGCUCAUGGCUUAAGACGUAGCCUGUGAAGGCCACUGCUAGGGGGAUGACCAAGUAGUUUAGCAGCCGCACUGUGUAGCCACGUGCGUGUUUAUUCUUGCUUUACUGUUCAUCGUAGCUAGCAGGCAUUCCAUCCAGUAGACACUCUGCAUGUUGUGGCCACCUAGAACAUAGCAUGCUAAUGUGGUUGUGCUGCCUCAAUGCAGCUAUGCCGUGACCACAGUAAAACCUUGUAAUGAAGAGGGAAUGUAGCGAAGUAAUAACAAAUGUAAUAAACGUAGAUCCCAUUGAAAGCUGUGUGGUUGCAAACAUAUUAGGAUACUGAAGUAACUGUUGCAACAACAGGAAAGUCACGCCUCCUUCAAUUUCAUUACUGUAAGGUUUUACUGUAGUUUGUUGUUGCUUUUGUCUGUACUAUCUAGUGACACCCGCCCCCCUCGUCGCUCCUCACCUCCAGCAGGUGUAAAAGCAGUUGCUCUGGGUGUUCAUUUGUAGUGUGUAUGAAGAGUGCCAAUAUGCAUGUGCUUUAGCAUAAGUGUCUUGUGCUGAUUUGUAGUGUGUUUCAGCAGUUGCAAGCUAUAUUUUGCAGAGCAUUCUAGUCGGAAUACCUUUGCAAUGCUCUUCCAGACGUUGUGACCAAGACCAAAGGUGUCAUUCAAUUGAAUUGACCGUUUUAAUUUUUCAGCACCAAUGCUUGAGCAAGCGAUGAAUUAAUCUAACGCUACUGGUGUGCAGCUCUCUCAUAAGAACAAAACAUUUGAAGCUAGCUUAAUUGCCUGCACAUUAAUCUUGCACAAUUAUCAAGAACGUCAUGAAGAUGUGUUGAUUUAACAAUAGCCCGGAAACUCUGAAUGCAUUGGUUUGUUACAACACUUAGCCAAGAUAAAUACAUGAAGUUUAUCUGACA